AUGGCCCAAGAAUUAAAAGACCUAUGCCAAUUGCUUUUUCCGGAAUCCAGUGAAGAAAAUGCUGAAAGCUUCAGCGAUAUCACCGACUACAUAAAAAAGUUGGGUUCCCAAAAUUGGGAAUACAUUCGGAAGGAACCAGAACGGUUGACUGAUGAGAUGAAACAGUUGACAGAACAGACUCAAGAAUUGGCAUUUACCAACUACAAGACAUUUGUAGACACUGCAGAGAUCUCGCGCACAAUCAUAAAUGACCUAGCUAAGUCCAAAGAAUCACUGUCAUUUUUCUUAGAAAAUACACCAAGUUUUUUACAAGAAUGUGAAAAGUUUUCUCAAGUUGCUGGUAGCAUUGUCAAAGAGAAGAGUCACUACAGUACAUUACGUAAUCAAAGUGAUAAAUUACUGGAGCUAUUGGAGUUACCAUCUUUAAUGCGAGAAGCUCUCAAUGCUGAGGACUAUGAAAGUGCUUUAGACAUAUUCACAUUUGUUCGUAACCUGUCCAAAAGAUAUUUUGAAAUACCAAUAGUGCAGAACACAACUUCUGAGAUAAUGACUUUAUGGUUUGAAACUCUGUACCAUCUCUUUAAUCAGUUACGGUAUGAUUUACCUCUACCUCAAUGCUUGCAAAUUUUAGGAUAUCUCCGUAGAGCAAACACAGUAUACAACUCAACAGAUGAUGAUGAAAGUAGCCUAUAUACAAGUGUUAUUAAAACUAACACUGUAGCAGCUGCUGAUGGCCUCCAUUUGCAUUUUCUAAAAGCAAGAAACGCAUGGUUUGAAAAGGCCUUAGAGGAUGCCAAGAAUACUGAAACUUCGGAUAGAUUGUUAAGGAGAAUUGUGGAACUACACAGGAUUCAUCUGUUCAAUGUGUUGACUCAGCACAAAUCUAUAUUUUUGUCUGACUCUCAAGAAUCUAAAAUCAAAGAUGAUGAAUUGAGUGGCACAAGUGCUUUAUCAUGUUGGUUGAAAUUAAAGGUGGAGACACUGGCUCAAAUCUUGAAUGAAGGCUUGCCAAAAGAAGAUGAAGCCAGUUUUGAGUCACUUAUAAACCAGUGCAUGUAUCUUUGUUUAUCCUUUGGAAGAGUUGGUGCAGAUAUGAGAUGUGUAUUGACACCUCUGUUCCGAAAUAACAUUUUAACACAAUUUCAUAAUGGUCUUGACAAAGCUGAUUAUCAAUUUGAACAUCAGAUGCGAUCAUAUAAAGUUCCUAGUAUCAAAAACGUACCUCGGCCAAUAAAUGACAGUAUUUCUACUGGUCCACCAGAGAAUUUAUUGGAUUACUACCCUUUGGCUGAGUAUUGCAAUGGAAUGCUCACAGUGCUAAAUUGUAUGAGAGUUACAGCUCCAUUAAACAUGGUCAAGGAGGUAUACAAUGCUUUCAGAGAAUCAUUUGGCAAAGCUGGUCAGGUCCUGUUAUCAUUCUACUAUCGUGAACAGCAAAGUUUCACUGAUAUUGAAAGACAGAAUUUUGUGUCACUUUGUGUAUGUUUCUCUGAAGAUUUAGUGCCUUAUAUUACAAAGUGCCUCUCGCAAUCUUUUCCUUCGACCCAGAUCGCAGAACUGCUGGGUGUCACAUUAUCUGUUCUACAAGAGAGUAAUAUUUUGCAUAUAGACCAAAGAAAAGUCUGUGAACCAUUAAAUUGUGUAACUGGUAUCAGUUUGAAUUAA